GAUGGUGGAUUACGUCCUUGCAUCGACUACCGGGGACUCAAUGACAUAACCGUCCGUAACCGUUACCCGCUACCCCUUAUGGCCACAGCCUUCGAGCUGCUCCAGGAAGCAGUUGUUUUCACUAAGCUUGACCUGCGGAACGCAUACCAUCUUGUGCGGAUCAGACCUGGUGACGAGUGGAAGACCGCUUUCAACACGCCUACUGGUCACUAUGAAUACUUGGUGAUGCCCUUCGGCCUGACCAACGCCCCAGCGGUGUUCCAAGCGCUCAUAAACGAUGUGCUUAGGGAUAUGCUUAACAUAUUUGUGUUCGUUUACUUGGAUGACAUCCUCAUCUUUUCGAGCUCCCUUCAAGAACACACUAAGCAUGUCAGACAAGUACUCAAACGCCUCCUGGACAGCCAUCUGUACGUUAAGCCAGAAAAAUGUGAAUUCCAUUCAUCCCGAGUACAAUUCCUGGGAUUUGUAGUGGAACCCGGUCGAGUUCAAAUGGACCCUAGGAAGGUAGGGGCGGUAGCGGAUUGGCCCACCCCCAAAUCCGUUAAGGAUGUUCAGCGUUUCCUGGGCUUCACAAACUUUUACCGCAAGUUCAUCAAGAACUUCAGUUUGGUGGCAGCUCCUCUCUCAGCUUUAACCAAAGGUGGCAAUGCAAGGUUUUUGUGGGGAAGAGAAGCUGAGACGGCCUUCCAAGGACUCAAGCAGCGCGUCCUCUCUGCUCCCAUCCUGAUACUACCGACUACGGAUGAACCAUUUGUGGUGGAGGUAGACGCAUCAGAGGUUGGUGUUGGAGCUGUCCUGUCUCAGAGGGGUGAAGACAAGAAGCUUCAUCCGUGCGCUUUCUUCUCACACCGGCUUACCCCGACUGAGAGGAACUACGAUGUGGGGGAUCGUGAACUCCUAGCGGUUAAGAUGGCAUUGAAGGAAUGGAGACACUGGCUCGAGGGGGCUUCUCACCCGUUUCAAGUGCUUACGGACCACAAAAAUCUGGAGUAUAUCCAGCAGGCGAAGUGAUUGAACUCUAGACAAGCUAGAUGGUCUCUUUUCUUCAAUCGAUUCCAGUUUAUCCUCACCUAUCGGCCCGGAUCGAAGAAUCUCAAACCGGAUGCCCUGUCCCGAGUCUACGCUCCUGCCAUUCGAGAUGACACGGACAUGCCUGUCCUUCCUGCUGCUAAG